AUGCCUGCAGUGUUUGUGUCUGCUUCCAAGGGUAUAAUUUCUCAUGACCUUGUGAAACAGCUACUAGAGCAAGAUUGCAAAAUUCUAGGAUUAGUUGGAUGUGAUGAAGAAGGUGAGGCAUUGGUGCGCGAGUUAAGGUCCUCUAGCUUUGUUUAUGAAGUAGUUGGGUCUCUUCAUAAGAACAAAUUAUGUACUGAUGUUCAACUACACGAUAAGUUGAGAUUGUCAGAGGAUAGCUCGGAAAAGUACUCCAUAUUACCGAUCAUUAUGAACCUUGACAGUGCAGAUUAUUCUUCGUCUUUGUCCACUAGUAUAAGUAGUACGAGCCAUCGUGAGCAAAAUGCUAAAAACCUUGAGAAAGAGUACCCAUUUCCAGUUGAAGAUCGUUCUAUUUACGCAGUUUCUUACAAUGGCCAAGAUGAUCCUGCUCAUCCGUUCAACUGGUCCUCCAAGAAGAAAAUUCUGGUUUGUUUAACAGCAGGAUUAACAGCAUUUUCAAUCUCUUUGGGAUCUGCCAUGUUUGCCGCAGGAAGCCUUCAAGUUCAAGAAGAAUAUCUUGUGGGAGAUACUGUGGGUACACUAGGUACAUCGUUGUUUGUAUUUGGGUUUGCUUCCGGUCCUGUCAUUUGGGGUCCUUUAUCGGAAUUGUUCGGUCGAAGGAUGGCCAUGAUCCCAUCGUGCUUCGGUUACGUUUUAUUCACGUUUGCCGUGGCCUCAGCCCAAGAUAUCCAGACCAUCAUGAUCUGCCGCUUUUUUGCUGGCUUUAUAGGUGGAGCAGCCUUUGUAAUUGGUCCAGCCGUGUUGGCGGAUAUGUUUCGUGCCGAAAAAAGAGGAGAAGCGAUGUCACUUUUUGGCAUUGUUGUAUUUGGUGGACCCAUGGUUGCACCUAUUUUGGGUGCUUUUAUAACCAAGAACCCCCAUUUAGGCUGGAGAUGGACUUCGUAUAUUACAGGAUUAGUGGCUGCUCUUGCCAAUAUCUUGGUAAUACUCUUUUUGGACGAAACCCAUCAUCCAAUAGUCUUAGUCCAGAAGGCAGUUGAAUUAAGAAACAGAACAGGUAAUUGGGCUAUUUUUGCUCCCCAUGAAGAGUUUAACUUGACACUAAAGGAAAUUGCAGAGAAAAACAUUACAAGACCAAUUUACAUGUUGUUCACCGAACCAAUUUUGUUCUUGGUGACAUUAUACAAUGCUUUCAUUUAUGGUAUAUUGUAUCUCAUGUUGACAGCAAUGCCGUUGAUAUUUGUUGGAAAGUAUCAUUUUAGAGCAGGUGUUGGAGAACUACCUUAUGUGUCGAUGCUUUUAGGUGUGAUUGUUGGUGCAAUUAUUACACUUUUCUUUGAAAAACGAUUCAAAAGAAUUAUGAGAGCAAACAACAACAUUGCAAUUCCAGAGGAAAGACUUCCGCCAAUGAUGGUUGGUUCAUUCUUUUUCGCUAUAGGCCUAUUUUGGCUAGGUUGGACUGGUGACUACCCUGACAAAAUUCAUUGGAUGGUCCCCACAGUCGGUUCAUCGUUUAUUGGCUGUGGUUUAAUAUUGAUCUUCCUACCUUGUUUGAACUAUAUAAUUGACUGUUACUUGGUGUUUGCGGCUUCGGCUUUGGCAGGAAACACUUUGCUUCGUUCAGCAUUUGGAGCAGCGUUUCCACUUUUUGCUCGUCCUAUGUUUGAGAAUAUGCACAUAAAAUGGGCAAGCACUUUGCUAGGUGCGUUUGCCGUAUUGAUGAUUCCGGUCCCUUUCGGGUUCUACAAAUACGGUAAGAAAGCAAGACAAAAAUCCAAGUUUACAUUUGACCAAGUGAUCUGA